AUGUCCUCGGUUGACUUUGGCGCGCACCGUAACUUCCCAGCCCACACACCCGCACAAACGUUUCGAAGACUAAGCGAGCGCUACGUGUGCGCCCACCCUAAUGUCCUCGGUCGACGCCGGUCGUCUUUGGCGCGCACCGUCAACUUCCCAGCCCACACACCCGCACAUACGGUUCGACGACUAAGCGAGCACUACAUGUGGACCCAGCCUAAUGUCCUCGGUCGACGCUGGACCUUUGGCGCGCACCGUCAAGGG